GCUUUGCCGUUUGCUGCUUCGCGGAGUCGCGCUUAAGUGACGCGGCUGCGCCCAGAAGAGAAAAACAACGCGCAGCGCAGCGGAACAUGGCAGCGCUGCUCCAAGGCCUCCGUGCUGGAAGGGCACUCCGGGGGCUGGCCAGAGCGGUCGCUGCACCAACGGCACCGAACCCGCAGAGCGGCAGCCUGAGCCGAGGCUUCCACCGCGCAGCGCUGAGGCUUCAGGAUGAAUCUAAAUCUGACAAACCGCCUUCCUCCUCCUCCUCCUCGUCCUCCACCACCUACCACGAGCACGGCCACCGCGCCGAUGAGGACCCAGCGGGGGCCCCGCGGGACGCCGCCGGGGAGGCCUCCAGGCCAAACACCAGCUACCAGGACCAGGCCGGGGACCAGGGGGAGGAAUACGAAACCGAGGAGCAGCUUCAGGCCCGAGUCCUGACCGCCGCGCUGGAGUUCGUGCCGCUGCACGGCUGGUCUCUGGACGCCGUGGCCGCCGCCGCUGAGACGCUGGGCCUGUCCUCCGCCUCCACCGGAAUGUUCCACAACGGAGCUGGAGACCUGGUCCUCCACUUUGUCGCCCAGUGCAACGCUCAGCUGACGGAGACGCUGGCCGAGCAACACAACCGGGUCCAGCUGGGCCAAGCCGAGCCGAAGAAGACCGCUGACUUUCUGAGAGAUGCUGUAGAGACCAGACUGAGGAUGCACAUCCCAUACAUUGAAUCCUGGCCACAGGCAAUGAGCAUCCUGCUGCUCCCUCACAACAUCCCAGAGAGCCUGAAGCACCUCUCCACCCUGGUGGACGACGUGUGGUACUACGCCGGGGACCGCUCCACGGACAUGAACUGGUACACCAAGCGGGCGGCGCUGACGGGCAUCUACAACACCACCGAGCUGGUGAUGCUGCAGGACUCCUCGCCGGACUUCCUGGACACCUGGAACUUCCUGGACAACCGCAUUCAGGACGUCGUCAAGAUGGGCGCCGCCGCCAAGCAGGCGCAGGCGACCGGUGAAACAGUGGUGCAGGGGCUGAUGGGAGCUGCUGUUACACUGAAAAACCUCACAGGACUGAACCAGAGACGAUGAUGGAAAACAACGCUCCCUCGCGCUGAUCACUACCGCCUGGCCAAAGCGCAACUUUCUUUUUGCUCCUAUUUUGGAUAACCUGAUAGCAUUGGGUUAUGGAUUGUGUUGAGCAAGAGGAAGCUAUUUUUUCAUAGUGAGAAGACUCAUGUCUUGUCUUACUGUCCUAAGAUUUCUGUUUUUUUCCCCUUUGGACAUAGUGAUGUCAUUUCUUUUGUUGGAUCAAAACACAAUAAAGUAAAAAUUAUAAAAUG